GAACCGGUUCCUCGGGUCAACUCAUACUUGCAUCUCGAGUGCGCUAUAUAUAACUCCCUCUGGGCGAAUCAGCAAAUUAGGGUUUACGCUCAGAAACUAAGCGGCGGCGAAGAUGGUUGAGAAGGGUAGCAAAGGGCGGAAGGAAGAAGUUGUCACAAGAGAGUAUACCAUCAAUCUUCACAAAAGGCUCCACGGAUGCACAUUCAAGAAGAAGGCCCCUAAGGCUAUAAAGGAGAUCAGGAAAUUUGCGCAGAAGGCAAUGAGGACUACCGAUGUAAGAAUAGAUGUAAAGGUGAAUAAGCAGAUAUGGAGCAGAGGCAUCCGAAGCGUCCCCCGGCGAGUUCGCGUGCGGAUUGCUCGCAAGAGGAAUGAGGAAGAGGAUGCCAAGGAGGAAUUCUACUCCCUUGUCACUGUUGCUGAGAUCCCUCCUGAGGGUCUCAAAGGCCUGGGAACGAAGGUAGUUGAUGAAGCAGAUUGAUUUCAACCCCUUAAAAGUCUCCUCUGCGUCAUUUCUUUAAGUAAUCCUUCAAAUUUUCAGUUUUGUACGAGUUUUUCUGCACUUUAUUAUUAUUUUUUUUGUUUAGGACUUAAUUUAUUUACAAUGAUGCUUUCCAGCGAUGUUUGUUAAAUUAUGUUUCUGUUUAAUGAGUCAGCGGGAUCUGAAGUGUUUAAUUUU